CAGGUCCGUGGCGUUUCCUUUGGCAUGUUCGAUGAUGCCACGACGCGUCGUCUUUCCGUCAAGGGCAUCAGCCAUGCCGAUGGUUUUGAUGAGUUGAACAACCCCAUGAUCGGGGGUCUGUACGACCCAGCCCUGGGCCCUGUGGACAACUCGGAACGCUGCACCACUUGCCAUCUUUUGGGCACACACUGCCCUGGCCACAUGGGCCACAUUGAGCUGCCCGUGCAUGUGUAUCACCCGCUCUUUUUCCAGCAGUUGUACCAGCUUCUUCGUGCCAAAUGCCGUCUCUGUCACAAAUUCAAGGCCGGCGACGUUCCCCUUCAGUUGUUGCAGCACCAAUUGGACCUGCUCGCUCGCGACGCCCUGGUCGAGGCCCGCAACCUGGAGGAUGCCCUCGACCUCCCGCGCCUGCCCAGUGAUGAGGGUCAAGACCCCAGUGAAGGCCCGGAGCACCUUCGGGCAGCCUUUGAGGCUAGCAUGGCCCGCGUCAUGGAGCGUCAAGCCUCAGAGCGCCCUAAUCCUGCCAACUCCAUCCACGUGGCCAAGUAUCGUCGUGAGCUCAUUGAAGCCUUUCUCAAGAAUACCGUCAACAUCAAAUCUUGCGCUCACUGCGGCGCCGCUUCUCGCCGUCUCACCCACGAAGCUUCUGUCAAGAUUUUUGCCAACCCUUUGCCCCAAAAACAGCGCGCACGCAUGGUCGCUCAAAAACUCGAAGAAAUGCCCUUGCUACCCUCAAUUGCCGAGGCUUACUUGACCUCGGGUCAUCGUGACGAGCCACGUGGUGAGGACACUGGUGUUUCGCAGCGCGAGCUUUGGGCUCGUCACGCAGACUUGCUCACCAACAUUUUCGCCAGCCGCGUGCUGGGCGUCAACGAUGAUGGCUCGGCCACCCGCAUUAGCAGCUAUGAGUCGUUCUUCCUUCGGGUCCUUCCCGUGCCCCCCAACCGCUUUCGCCCUCCUUCCUUGAUGGGUGGCCAGACGUUUGAAAAUAGCCAAACAAUUACUUUGGGUGCUAUCAUCAAAGAUGUGGACCAGUUGCGUGACAUCUUCAAGAUGCGUAUGUCCGAGGAAGAUGGCAACGUGGCAGAGUAUGAGCGCAAGCGUGUUGAGAACCUCAACCGAGCGUGGCAACAACUCCAGUCACAUGUCAACAUCCUUAUUGACAGCUCGCUUGCGGGAGGUCGGGCUGCACUUGACGUACAGCCGGGCAUUCGUCAGCUGCUGGAGCGCAAAGAGGGCCUGUUCCGCAUGCAUAUGAUGGGCAAGCGUGUCAACUACGCCGCACGAACCGUCAUCUCGCCUGAUCCCAUGAUCGGCACCAAUGAAGUCGGCGUGCCCGAUUGCUUCGCCACACGCCUGACCUAUCCUCAGCCCGUGACUCCCUGGAAUGUCAACUACCUGCGUCAAUGCGUGCUCAACGGGCCCGACGUUCAUCCCGGCGCCACCCAUGUCAUGGAUGAGGAUGGCCACGUGACCGUCCUCAGUCGAGAACUAUCCAAGCGCGUGCCCAUUGCAGACCAAUUGUUGACGCCUUCGCCCAAAGCGCGUUCUGACCGCCCCAAGAUUGUCAUGCGUCACAUCAAGAACGGCGACUGGGUGCUUAUGAACCGUCAGCCCUCGCUCCACAAGUCCAGUAUCAUGGCUCAUCAAGUCCGAGUCCUCACGGGCGAGCGCACCAUGCGUCUGCACUACUCCAACUGCAAGUCUUACAACGCUGACUUUGACGGUGACGAGAUGAACCUUCACUUCCCGCAAAGCGAGUUUGCGCGUGCCGAAGCUUCGGAGAUUGCCUCGAACAACUUCCAGUAUAUCGGUUUGGCCGGUGAUCCGCUCCGUGGUUUGAUCCAGGAUCACGUGAUUGCCGCCGUGAAGAUGUGCUGCAAAGACUCCUUUUAUGAUCGUCAUCACUAUCAGACAUUUGUGUACUCUGCCCUCAAGGAUGAGUACAAGGGCACUCGCAUUGUGACGGUGCCUCCGGCCAUGAUCAAGCCCCAACGUCUCUGGACCGGCAAGCAGAUCAUCACCACAAUUCUCAAGAAUCUGACGCUGAACCAAACAGGCAUGAACCUGUAUGGCAAGGCCAAGAUCAAGAAUGCCUGGUCAGCCAACGACAAGGGUGGCCUCGAGGGCGAGAGCACGGUCAUUGUGCGCAACUGCGAACUUUUGUGCGGCAUUCUAGACAAGGCUCAAGUCGGAAACUCCACGUAUGGUAUCGUGCACGCAGUCUAUGAGGUAUACGGCGGGCGCACCGCCGGCGAGUUUUUGAGCGCCUUGGGCCGUGUCUGGACCAUGUGGCUCAAAAUGCACGGGCAUACGCUUUGCAUUGACGACUUGAUCUUGCGGCCCGAAUUUGACGCAGCGCGUCGUGAGAUUUUGGAUGACAGCACAACCCAUGGCCACGAGGCCGCAGCCAACUACGUGAAGCAAGAUGAUUGGCGCGAUGAUGACUUGCUCAAAUCCAACUUGCAAACCAUUUUGCGCGAUCCUGGAGAGAGCAAGGGCUUGGACAGCGCCAUGAGCGGCGCUGCCAACAAGAUUCAAUCCAAGGUCAUCGAAAAGACCAUGCCUCAUGGUCUCAUCAAGCCCUUCCCUCACAACAACUUCCAGUUGAUUGUGCAAUCUGGUGCCAAGGGUUCCAACGUGAACGCCACCCAGAUCUCCUGUAUGCUUGGUCAGCAGAUGCUGGAAGGUCGCCGUGUCCCAGUCAUGAGCAGUGGCAAAACUCUGCCUUCGUUCCCAGCCUUUGAUGCCAGCCUGCGUGCUGGUGGUCUUAUCACCGACCGCUUCUUGACCGGUCUCCGCCCCCAGGAGUACUUCUUCCAUUGCAUGGCCGGCCGUGAGGGCUUGGUUGAUACGGCUGUAAAGACUUCUCGCUCCGGAUACCUGCAGCGCUGCUUGAUCAAGCACCUGGAAGAUAUCAAGGUUCACUACGAUCUGACCGUGCGGGACAGCGACGGCUCCGUCGUUCAGUUCCGUUAUGGUGAGGAUGCUUUGGACGUCACAAAGACAAACUCUUUGACCAACUUUGACUUUAUGGCGCUCAAUUACCCGGCGUUAUUGAGCCGCUACAACGUCGAGGCCCUGGGUGACGCCUUUCCCGGAAAGGUACGUCAAGCGGGCAAGAUGCAACAGGAGGCCAUUGCACAACCUGCAAAGCACGACCCCGUCUUGGCGACCUUGCGCCCGGAUACACACUUUGGCUGCGUCUCGGAGAAUUUCUACAAGAAGCUGCAAGGCUACUUGACCAAGGAUCCAGCACGCUUGGCCGACCUCAGCAAGGGGUUGGAUGCCAAGCGCUUUGAGCAGCUCAUGUACUUGAUCAGCUGCCGUGCGGUGGCUGAGCCUGGCGAGCCUGUGGGCAUCUUGGCCGCCCAGUCCAUUGGUGAACCCUCCACGCAGAUGACGCUCAACACCUUCCACUUUGCCGGUCGCGGUGACGUCAACGUUACGCUUGGUAUCCCGCGCUUGCGCGAAAUUGUCAUGACGGCCAGCAAGGCUGCCAAGACGCCCAUCAUGAUUGUGCCUCUACGCUUGAGCGUGCCCCAGAUCCAGGAGCGUGCUCGCUCCCUGGCAGCCCGACUGGCACCUGUGCGCCUCAGCGACGUGCUUGAUCGCGUUGAGGUGCACUCAAAACUGGCGGCAAGCCGGGACGGCGAUCGCUUCCGUAGCUAUCGCAUUCGCCUCUCCUUGAUCGACAAGGAGGAGUACGAAGAAGUCUUUGGUAUUGGUCGCAAGGAGCUUUUCAAGGCAUUGGAAAACAAGGUCGUGGCCCGCCUCUUCAAAAUGGGCCAUCGCAGCAUCGUGACCAGCAGCAGCGACAAGAUCAUUGCUCAGGGCGAUGGCGAUGACGCUGAAGCUCAUGAUCAAGAGGGUGGCGACGAUGCUGACGGAGCAGAUGUGGAGGCGAACCGCGAGAUUGGUGAGGGUGAUGGUACGCUGGCCGCGCCGCGUCAGGAUGAAGAUCAAAAUGCCGGCGAUUCUGAUGAUGACGAAGCAUUCGCCAACGACGUGGACAUGGAAGCCGAUGAAGGUCAUGGUUCUGACAAUGACCUGGAGCACGCGACUGAUCAGCAAGUGGCAGAAUUGGCCAAGAUUGCCGCCGCCCGUCGCAAGCAUCGUGAGCGUGUCAUUGCAUUGAGCCCGGCCAUUGCCGACUACGACUACGAUUCCAAGGGCCGCUGGCUGGAGGUGGAGCUUGCGGUUCCCGCAAGCAUGCAAAAGAUGCUGUUUGUGACCAUCCUGGAGAAUAGCGCCAAGAAGAUUAUGCUCCGCGAGACCAAGGGCAUCAAGUCUUGCCGUGUUCACGUGCCCGAGCCAGACACACUGCAAGUGGAGGGUUUGAACAUUUAUGAGCUGUGGCAACAUGCCGAGUUGUUGGAGCUGAACAGCCUCAAGUGUAACGACGUCAACGCUAUGUUCGAGACGUAUGGCGUGGAGGCCGGCCAGCGUUCUAUCAUUCGCGAGUUGUCCGCCGUGUUCGACGUGUACGGUAUUGCUGUCAACCAUCGUCAUUUGUCCCUGGUGGCCGACUACAUGGCCUUUGAGGGAGAUUAUCGUGGGAUGAACCGCAUCUCGAUGCGUUCAAGCACGGAUCCCUUCUUGAAGAUGAGCUUCGAGUCAACGACUGACUUUUUGCGCGCUUCGACCCUCCGUGGUGACCAUGACACAUUGCAGUCCAACUCUUCACGCCUGGUGCUGGGUGCUGUCACGGCGGGUGGUACGGGCGUGUGCUCGGUGGUUCAGCCGCUUGUGAAGGAGCGUAUGACCGCCUCGGCGUGA